AUGUCCUUCAACAAAGCUCUUAACGACGAGGAGGUCUUCUCCGAAAUGAGAAAGAUGGUCGCUUUCAUCAAGCAGGAGGCUUUGGAGAAAGCACGCGAGAUCAAGGUCAAGGCCGAUGAGGAGUUCAACAUUGAGAAGGCCAAGCUUGUUCGCCAGGAAGCUAUCAACAUCGAUGCUGCUUUCCAGCGCAAGGUCAAGCAGGCCGAUGUCCAGCGCCGCAUUGCGCAAUCCAACAACAUCAACAAGUCGCGUAUGACUUUGCUUUUGACCCGUCAGCAGAUGCUCGACGACCUUUUCGCGGAAUCCAGGACUCAGCUCUUGACAGUUAGCAAGGACCCCACUCGCUACGAGAAGUUCUUGAGCGACUCUAUUCUCCAGGCCUUCUUCCGCCUUUUGGAAUCUGAGGUCACUAUUCAAUACCGCAAGGCUGACAAGGCCCUUCUCGACAAGUUGUUGCCCGGUGUCAAGGCCCGCUACCUGGAGGCCACUACGCAGACCGUCGAUGUUCAGCUCUUGGACGACCACCUCCCCGCCGACGGUGCUGGAGGAGUGAUUGCCGCUGGAAACGGUGGACGCACCAAGUGCAACAAUACCCCCGAGGCCCGUCUUGCCAUCCUCGAAGAAGAUAUGCUUCCUCUUGUUAGAGACAUGCUUUUCGGACAGUCGCCUAACCGCAGGUUCUUCAACUAA